AUGUACGAGAAAAGCCAGAAAUAUUUGCCCACAGAUCUGGGAGAAAGUCGAUGCAGUACAUCGCUCGCACUCCCACUGACUCCGAGUGAAUUAGCGCCCACGGAGCGAUCCUCGAAAACCACCCAAGAUAAAAGAAGUAUAGCCUUGCAAAACAACAAAAGAGGGCCGGGUGCGUACGAGAUCCGAGCCGCUACAAAGCUCAAACUACUCACCUACAAAUACCCUCGAAAUGAAGCUAGAAACGCGGUGUCCGACCAGCAGACUAUCAGACCUGACAAAUUCACCGGGUAUUCUGUGCCUGGGGAUGAUCCCAAACCGAAAAAGACAUGUACGACACGCGCUACGAAGAUCGCCGCUGCAUGCGAACUCGCGGCAGUAUUUUCUGCGCGUGACAUGUCCGCUUUUUUGCCAGUCGACUCUUCUCGCCCCGACCUCGCCGGCUACCACUUGCACCCGCACCCCGUCGUCGCUGGGCGACACAACAACCCGAACACAAUGCAAUAUGUCCUCCCUGCGCUGUACCCGUCAAACACCAACUACCUCCUGAGUCUUGGAGCUUUGCAGGUCUCGCAUUUCACUGCAAAAGAUGCUCUCGGCAACAUCCUGGCCUCGUCCGAUGGUGUAAUCGAGUACCCGCCUUACCAGACGACGCAAGGAGGGGAUCUACCUUCACGAUGCUACGCCUUCAUGCACCGACUCUACGAGUGUCUGCUCGUCCCGGACGACUCGCCGCCGUCUUCGCCGCCCUGCUCAUCUGGCCCGGAACAGCCAUCUUCGCUUACCGAGUCCAACAUCGAAUAUAUCAAUGAGCUCGUCAAGAACUUGAGACCGGCUGUCGACCGCAUGUACGCACGCGUUGAAGAGGAUCUCACGCAGCUGCGUGCAGUCGAGGCACGAGACCCACCAUCUCCAUGUGCGCCGUGCGACGCAGGGCCGACACAUGCAUUUCAAGAAUGUGUGAAGCCUACCGAGGACCCUGUCACCUCUGCAGACGAGCUCCCGCCGCGCCCGUCUUGUGUGCCCGCAUUUUCCGUCUCUGGCUCGCUGACCCCGGACGCCGCGAAGCUGCACCUUGACCGCCAGAUCACCGACAUUCUAGGCUCUGACGACGAAGAUCCGAGUCGCUGGGAUGCUCGCAGCAUGUGGCCGAGCCCGCCUUCGACUCCCUCUGAGCACAACAUGCCCACCAGCUCGAUUUCAUACCUGCCACUCCCGCGCCGUGACGACGUCAUCCAACCUCGACGCACUGUCUUCCCCGAGCUUGACGACGACUUGGACGACUCGUAUAUCGACCUCGCUGCCGAGCUUCGCGCCCGCACUUAUACGAGCAAGACCGUCCGGUUUGACCUGCCAGAUGAGCUUCGCAGCUCGGACACCUCGGAAAGCGCAGUACAUGCACCUCCGAACUCGCCAGACGAUGUUCUCGCUAUUCCAACUCGUAGCUCGACCCCCGACAGCCUUCUGGGCUUAAUAUCGGGAUCCUCAUCUUCUGACUCUCCAACCACACCUCCCGCCUCGCCGUCCUCGCUCCCGGACCCAGAGCUCGAAGAGAUCGAGACGCGCCUCAUCAUGCUUACCUGGGAAAUAAUCACAGCACUCACCUGUGGCACUGUGUUCGACUCUUUCCACGACAUCAUCGGUGUCCGCCGGGCUGCCCUCGAGAUUACCGAGAUCGCCAUGACGCAUGCCGCGUUUGACGGCAUGCUUGACUUGAAGUGUACCGAAGCUUGGAGACCCGGACGCAUCCAGCACGAAGUUCAGACUCAUGCGGAUUUCGCUUCGCUCUUUCAUCCCCAUCUCGGCUGUCCAUUCCUGUGGCCACUCGAACGCCUCUACCUUGCCGAAUGUGAAGCUUAUUUUCGCCGCUUCCCAACUCACGACCCGACGCGUGGCUUCUACGACGACACGGACGCAUUCCUCGAAGCCAUCGACACUGUUCUUAACGUCCGCCCCAACCUCCCGACAGUUCAUGACUUGUGUGAGCAAGGCAGUCUUGGCUACGUUGGGCAGCUCAUUGACGUGCCCUACGUCAUCUAG